AUGCGGUCGGUAACCAUAACAAUAUUUAUUCUUAUAAAUAUAAUCAAACAGAACUUUGGCAUUCUUAGCGAUUUUCACAAUUGGCAAUUUGAUAUUCCAAUAAACUUUUCAAAGCAUCAGAGCAGUGAUUGGGAAUGUUUAGGACGAAUUAGUAAAUGCUUCUUAAAUGCUCAAUUAAGCUUAUCAUCUAUGCCAAAUGCGCUUAUUGUUAGCGCCACAAAUCCGAAUACUUAUAUUGGAUGGUAUUGUAUGGUGCAACAAGCAUUUAUAGCUAAAAAUUAUCAUAUCAAAGUUAUCAUUCAAAAUUGCUCACAAAAUAGAUUGAAUGAAUUUGUCAAAUCAAACGAUGAUAAAGUAUUUCACUAUAAACCUAUGAGAAGUUUUCAAAUUUAUGCAACACAUAAAUUUGUAUAUUUUACUGUUAUUGUUGCUAUCACAGCAUAUACUCUUAUUGUUUAUUUGAUAUUUUGCAUAAUAUUAGCACAAUAUGAAAAAGAAAUUGAAUCUUAUGAACAAUCGCCUCAAAGAAAAAUUAAACAAUGGGUAAAUUUUUUGAAAUUAAAGAAGCAAAUACAACUAAAGUGA